AUGGUGCCCGGCGAUGCCCUCCAGCCAUGGCAGACCGAGAAAAUAAUGGAGAACUUCAACUCCUUCAGCCCUUUGCCAGUAGCGGUUUCAGAAACAUUUGAUGCUCUCCCACAAAAUUAUUUGGACAUGUGUAAUCAGUUCAGUCGGAAUCACAAUCCUUUUCUAUAUCAAACACUUAAGCUCCUAGAAAAAGAAUACAGAAAAACUAAAAAAGGAUUUGAAGAUGAAAUAACAAUAAAAAUAGCUGGUAAUAACCGCUUGAUACCAGUGCAGAGACUCGUAGAUGACGAUUUUGAAGUUCUUGUCUAUGUCUUAAAACCACAUAAAAAUGUUACAGGUUUGGAUGUUAGAUAUAACCUCCUGACUGAUGAUGGAGCAAAGCAUGUUGCAAAACUACUUGAGGAAAUCCAGAGCAUCACUUACCUAAAUCUGAUGUUUAAUGACAUUAAGACUGACGGGGGAGAGGUGAUAGCCAAAGCACUCCAUAGAAAUCAAACUCUCAAACACCUAAGAUUGACUGGGAACAAGAUUGAAAAUAAAGGUGGAAUGUUUUUUGCCACAAUGCUUCAAAUUAAUUCAUCGUUAGAAAAGUUAGAUUUGGGAGACUGUGAUCUGGGGAUGCAGAGUUUGAUAGCAAUAGCAACUGUACUAACUAAAAACAAAUCAAUCAAAGGAAUCAACUUAAACCGCCCUCUACUGAAGAGUGAAGAGGAAGAGUCAACUGUACAUAUGAGCCACAUGUUGCAAGUUAACUCAAGUCUUAUUGAACUACACAUGUGUAAGCAUGAUAUUAAAAAUUUUGGUAUGCAGCAGUUGUGUGAAGCCCUUUAUCUAAACACUGGUCUACGUUACCUGGAUGUCAGCUGCAACAGAAUAACUCGUGAUGCUAUGAAAUACAUGGGAGAGCUAUUAAAAAGGAAUAAUGUAUUAGAAGUAAUAGAUCUUUCUUCAAACAGAAUUGAAGAUGAGGGCUCCAUGUAUGUGACCGAAGCCCUGGCUUUUUACAACACAAGUCUGAAAGCGUUAUCUAUAGUGAGCAAUAACAUAACUGGAAAGGGACUUACUGCUUUUUCAGAUUCAAUGAAAACAAAUACCACACUUACUAAUAUUUACAUCUGGGGAAACAAAUUUGAUAGUGAAACAUGUGUGGCAUUUGCAAACUUAAUAUCAUCAGGCCGUCUGAGACAAGAAAACACGGACGUGGAACCUUACAUGGUGGAUGACUCUGUGUACCUUGCCGAACUCUCUCAUGGCAUUAAAAAACAUUAUUAUUGGACACCCAGUUAUGGAGAGGUCGACGGUGCUUCAGCCAAUGCGGGUCUUGCUAUUGCACCAUCAGCCAAAAAUCUAUGAAAACAAGUUUCUAAGUCUUCUCCAAGUCUUCUGUUCACACAAUUCAGCUUCGUUAAGAAAUGCCCGACCUUCAAGGCUCCUUGACUCCUUUGGUCUUCAGCCUCCCUGAAGCUUCUCUUUUCUUGAGAACACCAGAAUCUGAGGAAAGUGUGG